CAUCUUUUCCCCCUCUGCCACCCCUCGCGCUCUCUCUCGCUCUCUCUCUCUCGCUCGAAAUCUCUCUCUAUCCCUCGCUUGCUCGAAAUCUCUCUCUAUCCCGGGACUGUGCGAAUCGAUGAGCCUCCCCGAGAGCUCUUCGCCGUCGUCCUCCGACCGCCGUCAGUGGCAGCGGAUCUUUGGGACCCUAGCGGAGAUGCUGCAGUCCCAGCAGUCGCAGAUCGAAACCCUAGCCGAUGACCGCAAGUUCUUGGAGCGCUACAUCCACAUACAGCACGACCGCUGGGCCUUCAAGGCCCGCCUCCUCGAAUCCCACAUUGCCCAGAUGAAGAAGGAGGACAGGAAGGGUCAUCGCGUCCAGGCGGCCAAGUUGGAUCUGAUGGUCGGGAUGAAGGAGAGGGAAGCUUUGUGCUACAAGAAGCAAUAUGAACUUGUAGAAAGUGAUUUGGAGGACUUCCGUGCUUGUGUGGAGGCUCUGGGUGCCGACAUCUCAGAGCUGAAGGAAAAGCUGAGAGGCAGAGAAGUUGAUAAUGGAAGGACUGGAGUUGGUGAAGCAAAGCCCAGAGAAAAUCCCAAUGAAGAGGAGCCAUCGACCACUGCUUUAGAAGGUGAAUUACGGAGGCUAAAACAUGCUUACAAAAGGCUUAGCUCGAAGAGGGAGGCAGAGGUCUCUGCCUUGUCAGCAGAGAAGGAUUUUGUCUGGAACCAGUUGAAGAAUAUGGAGAGUGACUACACUGGUCUCCUUAAGAUCAAGAGGACAGAAGUUGAACGGGCUAAUGAAGCCAUGGAGAAGCUUCAUCAUGAUUUGGAGAAGUUGCAGUCAUCAGCCAAUGAGAAGGAUGGGACUAUUGCUAGGUUAGAGGCUGAGCAGGCUAGGCUUGAGCUGGAUAUAAGAAGGCAAACGCAAGAAGCUGAGCAGGCUAAUGCAAAACUAGAACAGCUUCAGCAUAAUAUGGAGCAGCUGCGAAUUAUGGCCAAGGAGAAGGAUGAAACGAUUGCAAAGUUAAGAAGCGACCUUGCAAAUAUUGAGAUGGAUGCCACCAAAAGCACUAACAGGAAAUCUAGAUUCUUUAAGGAUUUGUAUCCUCAGAGAAACUCCAGCAAUGCAUCAGUUACACCAGCGGAGAGUUGUCUGAGAAGGAGUUCUCGGAAACGUAGCUCGGAAAGUGCAAGAGGUGAUGCAAGGCAAAAGCGUAGACGAACUAAUGAAGAUUCUUCUGGAUCACGGGUUUCUAGUGCAGUUAAUAGGCUAAGCCUAACAAGACUACAAUUAUCACCAGGGAAUUCGGCUGUGUUCAAGAGGACGGCAAACAGGACCAUCUCACCAGUAGACAGCCCAAGGUUGUUCUCUGCUGAUUUCAAGGUUCCAAAAUUGAAGAGUUUCUCUCCUGUGAUUGUGUAAUUUAAUGACAAUACCCAUCAUGUAUCUUUUUUGUAUUUUGUCUGUAUUUUAUCAAUUGAUUGCAUAGUUUGAUGUUUUAUGAUAUUUCUUGUAAACUGCAUAUAUUUAACAUCUUAAAUGUAUUUCCAGCGUUGUGUCAAACA